AACCAAGUCGAGACAUGUACUAGUACAUGAACGCACUCUCUACAUGGAGGAGUUCAUGCUUUUAUUAAAAUCAGUAUAUGCAUAGUAUCUUGUUACUAAGGCAUUCAUGUGCAAUGCGUCUGUCUUAGCGGUACAAAAGAUAGAUGAUCGCAGAAUCGGAUGCUCUACAUAACUCGAAAAGUUCUCAUUGCCACUUUAAAAAAAACAAGACCGGCGGUUAGCUCGGGUGAUUCAAUUUGCCAGAGAGCUCUCUGACUGGCUGGAACGAGUGAGUACUCCAGGCCAGCCAGUCCUCUAUUUUGUUCCCGGUGGUGUGUUGCCUCAUCCAUUGUUGCUUGCUUGCUUGUUUGGUUGUUUGUUGGUCGCUCACUUCCAAAGCUAGCAACAGACACAACAGCAACAACCACUCACUACGAGACUACCAUACUCUUGGUGUUGUGGUAUUUGUUAGUUGGAGCUGACAACAAGUGUUGUUUUGGACAGCCGAGCACCUCUGGGAUUUUCCACAAGAGGGGGCGUUGGACUGUGUUUUUAUCACCAGGUGCCACGCAGUCUAUUUCCGGAAGUGUCUGUGACUGGUGGUGGUUAGCCAACUCAGUUAGUUAGUCUAGUCGAGUUGGUGGGUUUGCCUAGCUAGCAUCGACCUCUACUUGUGUGGAGCAACGACAACACUUCCACUUUCUCUUGUUGCCAUGGCGGCGUUUGUAACUUCUCGAAGUAGUAGUGAAAUUGUAUCCUCCAUCAACAACAACAACAAAAACAACAAGAAUGGCUCCAGUGCCUUUUCGGUGCCUCGUCGACGACCUUCGUAUGAACGCGACAAUAACGAGUCCAUGUUGAGUGGUUCGUCCCAUCGUCGCUCCAGUUCGUUGGAACGUCACGACGACGAUCGAAGCAGCAGCAAGAAACUGUUUCGCAAGCGACCUCGCAGUCAAGAUGCCACUAGUAGGGAAAGAGAGCGAAGAGGGGGCAGCAGAAACAACAACAGUACCAGUACUAGCUCGAAAGGGAGAGACGGGGAGCACGCAUCAUCAUCAUCCACUAUUUCAAAAACCCCAAAAAAUCAAACGUCCAAUGGCACUACUACUUCCUCCUCCACCGGCAACAACAACAACAACAGCACAUUGAAGAGGUCAUCGGUGAGCAGCAGCAGCGGCGUCAAGUCGGAACGCCGAAGCAGUAUGAGCAGCGUCAAGAGCACCACAAGUUCCAAUAGCAGCCAAUCGACAGGCUUGCGUCGUCUCAAAAAGUUUUCUUCUUCCGGCAGUAGUAGUAGUAAGAAGAAGAUCAAGACCUCGCCUCCUUCCUCACCAGUCAAGAAGAAGAAGGCCGUAGUUGUGGACGAGGCUCCACUGUCACCCAGCGAUGCCAUCUUUCAGGAAACACAACUCCGACUGUGGGAAGCAGCACAAGAGAGGCAUCGCAAGAUGAAGGAGGCGCAAGAGCAAAAGAGGUUUCGAAAGUUGAAAAAGAAGAAACAAAAGAAAGAGCAACUUGGCGACGAGGAGGAGGACACCGUUCCACCACCAACAAAGAAGAGCAACGACAAUGGGCGCGAUAGUAGUAGUAGUACUGUCAAGAAGAAGAAGACGCACGAUGGGGAACGACAACAGCAGCAGAUCAAGAGCGUAGACAAGAAAUCCAAAAAGGAAACCGAACCGGAUGAUAGUACACGCGCCGACGAUGAGAUUGAAGCGCUCAGGGAAAGGAAGCGACUCAAGAAGUUAAAGAAGCAACAACGUCUCGCAGCAGCUGAAGCGGAACGAGCCACAAAUGAAUCAUCAAAGGUUAGUGAUGAAGUUCGUUCGUCCGCAAAGGUUGCACGGGAAGCGACAAAAGUCCGCGACGAGACUGGUCCGACAACAACAACAACAAAGACAUCAUCGAAAGAGUUAGCAACACUAGACAGUGAGGAACUUCGCAAGAAGAAAAAGAAGCGCAGGCUAGCCAAGAUGGGGAUUGUCAAUGGCGACGAAGAAGACGAGGAGGCCCCACCACGCAAGAAGAAGAAAAAGAAGAGAAUUGCGGUGGUCGAGAGUGAUGACGACGAUGACGAGAACAAAAUGGAUGUUUCGGCCAGCAACAAUGACAAGAAGGACGUCAGCACUACUACCGAUCGCAAACCCACUAGCAGCAACAAAGCCGCCUCGUCACCGUCCACUCCGGAACGCAAACCCAACAAGACCAAAGAUUUGGAUUCUCUCCUUUCCACUCCAUUGUCGUUUGGUCUCGCGGACACCGUCAAGACGCGGGUUCGAUUAUGCACAAAGGUCAAGGAUGAACUCGAGCUGUUGCAAGCCGCGUCCUUUGAGUCAAAGAAGAGGCGCAAAAAGUUGAAGCAACAACGACAACAACAGGUCGAUUAUGAUUACGAUGACAACGACGAGGAUUUUGUUGAAGAAAAGCCAGUCUUGAAGAAGAAGAAAAAGAAGAAGGCCAAGCAACCCUUGUUUGCAGAUUCCAAGUUGUAUGCGCCGCUCUCUGUCAACAAUGCCACGUCCAACGAUCAAGCGGCAGAUGAAGACAUGUACGACGCUGACGCGGAAGAACCACCAAGUUGGGAUGUGCGUCAGGUGUUUAGGUCGGACAAAGUCGCAACCGCCAAGGCGCCCUCGGAGGCGUCGUCCAAUUCGGAUACGGUCAUCACGGGAAAACUCAAGAAGAAAAAGAAACUCAAAACGUUUAGGUCACAGCAUGACAGCGGCUCUACGCAACCCACCCAUCAUAGCAGUCAUCCUCUGCCUUUUAAGAAGCGCAUGGCGGCGGCCGCCGCUGCAGAUUCUUCCGUUUGGGACAGACACACUACAACAUCGACAACGGCUUCGAAAGUCAGCGUUAGCAGUGCGGGGACGGGCGCUGCUCCUGAGCUUGGUACCGAAGCCAGCAGUAUCAGUGAGUUUACUCAUCCUUUGGGAGCGGCAGUUCUCCCACCACUUUCCGCCAGCAACAACGGCGAUCUAUGCCAAAAGCCUUCUCAAGUACCUCGGGAAAUUGUGUCGAAGACUGCCGUCCACCCGCAAAAGCCGGAAACAUUCGACUUUGGUGUUGACUCGCACAACGCUGUCAUUGGGCCGACAUUCUCCAGUGAUGAUUCGGAUAGUGACAGUUCUUCUUCUAGCUCGGACACGGACGAAGAGGAGUUGUUCAACUGGGCAAAUGCCAUGUUUGGCACCGCGGCCAAACCGCCGCCGAAGGAAGAACAAACACGCCCGUGUCCACCUGUAGAGCAAAUGAACUUGCCACCUGAGAUGUGCGAAAUGGAGCGCCGACGACAAAAGCAAGAGGAAGCACGAACCCUGAGCAUCAAAGAAGUUAAUGCGAUUAUGAAUGAGGAGCUCAACAACCCCGAACCAGCGGCGCAUCAUUGGGUCCGUCGAUCGGUUCGUCAGCCGUCACGUGGGGUGCUGAAUUCUCCGUUGGUGCGUCGGCUCUUGGAUAAACUUCGCGGAAACGACAAAGAGAUGGUUGUGUUGAAGAUGAAGAAAUACCUUAGCGACCCCGAUACGCCGUCAAUGCUAAUCGACGCGGCGCUGGAUGCUUUGGAAGAGAACACCAACUGCGAGGCUUUGUACAUCCAGAAUUUUAACAUUGGUAUGAAAGACAAGCAGAUGCUCCAUCUUCUGCGUAUCCUGCAGAUGCCUGCGUGCAACAUUUGGUGUCUUAACAUUGGGGAGACUUACAACGUGACGGAGGAAACCUGGGAGAUCUUUGCCGAUGGUCUGAAGAAAACAAAGGUCACGCACAUGUACGCCAGUGAACACACCAUUACCGCCGAGCUCAAGGACGAGAUCCGUGAAACUAUCCGCCAAAAUCGAACGAAGCACAAAAUGCACAAUGAUCCAAACAACCUGGACGUUAUCAUCCAGUGCACACACAACUGGUGGAAUCCGAUCAACGCUCGUGUGCUUCGUCCAUACCUUCAAAAGCGUGGUUACGAAUCCUUGUUGCAUGACAGGGAAGCCCAAGGUCUUCGGGGGUCUGUGUCAGAGGCGCCGGCGGCAUAAUGGUGGACGCUUCCCUGCCUAUGUUGUUCUUCUCCGUUGGUAUCUGUAUCGUUUGGCUUCAUUUGGUUAUUACUUUUGACUAAUAGUUAUGUGAUUUUAGUUUUGGGAUUACUUGCGC